AAGAGCAGACACACCAUCUUGCCUCGGGCUUGCCAUUUCACUCGCAGCUCUGUGUCCUCCACUACUUUGGUGUGUGUGUCUCAGAAAUAUGCCUCCUCUGCUCUUUCAGCUGCUCUGACAGAAGCUACGCUGCCUGCAGAGGAAAAGGCUUCCUGAGAGGCAGACAGACUCGCCUCAGCCUGACCUCGCCUAGCUGCCGCUGAUCGGCGUGUCACGUUGACCUGCCUUUGACUUCAAAAAUGAAGUUGUAGGCCAAAGAGUUAUAUGAGGUGGAGGAGAAGCGAAGGAAGGAGGGUGAGAGUAGGAAGUGCAGUGGAGCGAGUUUUAGAAGCAGAAGCAGAAGGAGAUGAAUCGAUCUGUGGCACAGAAGAAGAACAGAUGAAGAAGUGGUACUUGGGGGCCGGUGUUCAGCAGCGAGAGCCUGGCUUUUGCUCCCUUCAGCUGAGGAGGGGGCACGUUUUCGUCUGCACCCCAUGGAUCUUAACUCCAACCCAGGGGGAGACAGAGAGCGGAUGACAGCCAACCAUGAGACCUACCUUCUUAUGGCCAGCACCCAGAAUGACAUGGAGGAUUGGGUGAAGACGAUCCGGAGGGUCAUCUGGGCACCUUUUGGUGGAGGGAUCUUCGGUCAGAAGCUGGAGGAGACGGUGCGGUACGAGCGCCGCUUUGGGAACAAGCUGGCCCCUAUGCUGGUGGAGCAGUGUGUGGAUUUCAUUCGGCAGUGGGGCCUUCGGGAAGAGGGUCUAUUCAGGCUGCCGGGUCAGGCCAACCUGGUCAAAGAGCUGCAGGAUGCCUUUGACUGUGGAGAGAAACCUUCUUUUGAUUGUAACACGGACGUGCACACAGUAGCCUCUCUCCUGAAGCUGUACCUCAGAGAGCUGCCGGAGCCCGUCAUCCCCUUCCAAAAGUAUGAUGAGUUCCUGGCCUGUGCAAAGCUCCUAGGCAAAGAUGAUGAAAUGGGUAUGAAGGAGUUGAAAAGGCUUGUGGAAAGUCUACCUCCAGUGAACUACAACCUCCUCAAGUACAUCUGCAGAUUUCUUGAUGAAGUCCAGUCAUAUUCAGGGGUGAAUAAAAUGAGCGUCCAGAACUUGGCCACAGUCUUUGGGCCAAAUAUCCUGAGGCCAAAAAUUGAGGAUCCAGUAGCUAUUAUGGAAGGUACUGUUCUGGUCCAGCAGCUCAUGGCUGUUUUGAUUGGCCGCCACGAUGUGCUUUUCCCCCGAGAUGAAGACAGCCCCACAGCUCUAGAGCUUGUCAACAACAACAACAUUGAACUGCCACGGCGACAAACCGCUACAACUACCUCCACCACCACUACAUUGUCCCAGAACGCCGAGAACAACAACACCCAGGUGGUGCGUCAGUGUGCUUGGGAGGCGCCUGAGUCUCCUUCGCACCGCCAGCAUGUAGACAACAGUGGCUCCCCGCGAUCAGCGAGUCCACGUAAUGGUGUCAUAGGACGCUUUGACAUCACCCGCAGUCCACCGCUGACUGUAAAAAAGAACCCGGCCUUCAGUAAAGGCAGCGGCAUUGUUACAAAUGGAUCCUUCAGCUCCUCACCCUCCUCAGAUCCAAAUCUAGAAAAGAGUCCGUCUCUAACUGGAGGUGGGAGUUUACCGGUUCGUCGUAGCGGGACGCUCAAAGGCUCAGGCACAAAAAUGGGCACCAGUGGCGUGACGAGCACUGCAGGAAACGGCACUGGAGUUGUUCGCAUGGGUAUUUCUGGCACUGACAUGGUCACAGGGAGUCUGAACGGACGCAACGGUCUCUGGGUACCGAAUGGCUGUGUCAUGUUACGGGACAACAACAAAACACGCGAGUGCUCCAACGGGGAUCAAACGAGCAACCAGAAUCGUCUGUCCACAUAUGACAACGUUCAGUUGAACCAUCAGAACCUGCAGCAGCAGAACCAGAUCACCAACACGUGUCUGAACACCAGCUGUGAGGACAAGCAGAGCGUGGACAGCGCCACCUGGUCCACCUCCUCCUGUGAAAUUUCUCUUCCUGACAACUCCACCUCCUGUCGCUCCUCCACCACGACCUGCCCAGAGCAGGACUUCUACGGAGGCCACUAUGAAGACUUGGACGGAGCAGCACCGGAUAAUGAAAAUCCUCAGUCUGGUGGAGGGGAGGGAGAGGGCAGGAACAGCAAUAGAGAAGGAGAUGGAGCAGGGAGGAGCAGUCGAGGCACCAGCAGUAGUGAUAAUAGUGAAGGAUUCACUGUUGGUAAUGGACCUGGCAGCCACAGUGCUCUGCACAGUCUAGUGGCCAGUCUUAAACAGGAGAUGCACAAGCAGAAAACCGAGUACGAGGCCAGGAUUAAAAGCUUGGAGCAGCGUAACCUGGAGCUGGAGACGGAGAUGGUGAACCUCCAUGAGGAGCUGGACCAGGAGAGGAAGAAGUACACCAUGGCGGAGAUCAAGCUGCGCAACGCUGAGCGUGCCAAGGACGACGCUGAGCGGCGAAACCAGAUGCUCCAGAAGGAGAUGGAGCAGUUUUUCUCCACAUUUAGUGACCUCACUGCAACUGGCAACACCACAGCCACCGACCCCCGCCGACCAGACCGCAACAACCCCAUCUGGAUACAGUGAAGGAACGCUGAGAUGCCAGCAAAGACUGGAAAUGGUUUAUUAUGUGAUGUGAACAUUACAGGGACUCCAAACAGGAUUUGGCUGCUCAUGGAAGGAGGAAAAUGGAACAUUGCAGAGGUUAAUGGUAUGUUUUAAUUUAAGAAAUAGGAGGCAUAGGUCUAAUAUAAGCGGCCUGUGUAAAUGUAGACAUCACCUGGAGUGAUGCCCGAGUGACAUUAUCUGUAUAUAGCAUUAUUUAAACAGCUCAUGGACACUCUCCAGCAGAAACUGUUGUGGUGCUCAUUCAUCGACUGGAACGUGGAUAAAGGGACACCACAGUGUAUGAGGACAUAUGGUACUACUACUAAUUUACAUUAGCUGUUAGGGCAAAAUAGAUAGGAAGGAUGACAACUUGUACAAAAGAAGUAAAGAAAUAAACUUUACCAAUGUUGGACUUUAAAAUGCAGGAAAGACCAUGCCAAACUCCUCCCUGUUUUUAUUCGCUUUUACCAUCUAACCAAAAACACCUUGUAAGUGUUCAUUGUAAUUCUGUAUCGGCUCAUGUACAUAGAGGGAAACAAUGCAGAAAAAAAACAUGUUUGUAAAGUGAAAUGAAAAUAAUACUUAAAUGUUUAUCUGAUAUUUAAGCAGUUAUCGAUGUGUGAUGUUUUAUAUUAAGAUUUUUUUCCCUUGCACUUACAUGUUCGUUUAGUCUCCGCAAGUUGGUACUGAAUGUUCCGUCGGUCAGUGUGUGUGCCAUUUAGAUUGGAGAGUAUGCUGUAUAUGUGCCUGUGCUUCUGUGCUGUUACAUUUACCCAUGACCAAAAAAAGAGCCUGUACUGUAAAUAUUUUAUAGAUAGACACUACUUGUUAGUCUGCACUGUGGUUUGACUGAUAUUCAGAUGGAUAUGGCACGUAUAAAGUCGAUACUGAUUGAAGAAUGUUUUGUAGCUUGUAAACACAUUUUAAGACUUGCACAAUGGGUCAUUGGCAUAAAUCCCAGGUUCAAAGAUAUCUGUCUUGAAUUCAGAAUUUCAGAUGACAAAUUGUACCCUCCUGGUUAAGCGACGUCUAGCUGUUACCAUGAAUGCUCUUGGGAAUUACAGUUUAUGAUCUGCCUUUCAGUUUUAAAAAUACUCUCCACAUGUCCCUUUGAAAUUUGCCCACCUGACACAUUUCAUUCUAACCUAGCGCAUAAUAACGAGCUGCAGCCAAAAAGCACCAGCACAGAGCUGUGUUUGUGGGUCGUAACUGUGAAAAAGGGAGAGUGGAGCAUCGAGUUGGUCAACACUGAGGACAUUAACAGCCUGGCUGCAAGAUUCAGUAGUAGCUGCUGCCGUGUGCAUGAUGGUGCAUGAGUCCACAAGGGCCGGUGUACAAUAACUGAGUGUCUGUAAAGUGACUGUAUAUUGAUGUAUUUAUGUAGCCUCAAACCAAAUGUCUACGCACCAUGUGGAUUAGCUAAUGGGUACAGAACAUCUGAGAUCAGACCUGGGCUGGACUUCUGUCAAAAGAAGUUAGUGUGUGCACCCGUGCACAGUGGCUGCUUUUCCAUUGGAGGUCAUUUAAACCUGCUGCUGGUCAUUGCAGGACAUCUGGAAUGUGCACAUGGAGAGGAAAAAAAAAGUGCCUGAGCAACCGAAGAAGGGAGGGGAGCCUGCGCUUCUCAUUUUGCAGCCUUCACUUGGAAAUAAUAGGCUUAAUCCAAGCUGACAGUGUCACCUCAUUCUGUGAAUUCCACACAAAAGAGCAGAUUAUGGACGGAAGGCAAGACAGAGGACUGGGAUAGUGGAAUAUUUUCAUGACAUGAUACUUGAUACACAAAGGGACUUUUAAAAAAAUGACCUAAUAUGAAUAAAGAUGCAUUUUCAUGGGA